AGUGAGAAACCGGCAAAUCGCAAAAGGUCCAAAAGAGGGAAAAAAAAAAUGCCCCUUCUACGCUCGUCUCACCUUCUUCACUCACACUUCCCAACGGCUCCAACGACCAACCGCUAUUUCCCGCCACCGGGCCCAACGACCAACCGCCUUUCUCUUCCAUCCCCGCAACGACGUCGUUUAUUCACCUCCACAGCCCAAAAUCCCUUCCUCUCUCUCCCAUUCCACGCCAAGCCUCUUCUUCGCUGCUUCUCCGCCUCUUCCAUGUCCGCUUCAACGGCGUCUCCUUCGACCUCUCAGGAUUGUAGUUUGUUGUAUUCGAGGGCGUAUUGGGUGAGUGAAUCGAUCAUCGCUUGGAAUGUGGAUGUUGGAAAUGGUUCUUGUUUCCUAUUUGCUAGCAAAACCGCUGAUUUGUCACUUACGGAGAACGAUGGUGUUCAAG